AUGUUGACGAUACGAAAGCCGGUGUUCGGCACCAUGGUGCUCUUGGUCAUCGUGAGCUUGGUGGUGUUCAUGUCGGGCUCCCGCGGCGGGUCGCUGCUUGGUGAUAGCGUCCCCCUCGUGGGGAAGAUGCCGGUGGCUCAGUCGCCGCCAGCGGCCCAGCAACCGGCCAAAGUGAAGGAGCUCGUUAAGGAUGAGCUUCAGCAGGCUCCCAUUGUCGAGCCGCUUGGCUCGGUGAGCGACGAGUUCGCCGAGACUCCCUUCAUGCCCAAGAUGGCCAACGAGACUCUCAAGGCGCAACUAGGCAACGCCGGGUGGCGGUUGCUCCACACCAUCUUGGCCCGCUACUCAGAUAAGCCCACCACGCAAGAACAGGCGACGUUGAAGCAGUACAUCCACUUGUUCGCCAAAGUGUACCCGUGCGGCGACUGUGCCCGCCACUUCCAAAAGCUCUUGGAGCUGUACCCGCCGCAAGUGUCGUCUCGCAAGACCGCGGCCCUCUGGGGGUGCCACGUCCACAACUUGGUCAACCAGCGGUUGGGCAAGCCUGACUACGACUGUACCACCAUUCUUGAAGACUAUGAUUGUGGGUGCGGUGCUGAUGAAGAAGAGGCUGACGAAACGUUAAAUGGCGAGACCAUCGGCCAUUUGAAGGAGAUGAAGGUGGAGAACGAAGGCCGCCAGCAGGGCUAG